CCUCCAUUCUAACAACAACAACUCCCAACUCCCUCGUCCGGCAGCUGCAACAGAAUCAUGGCAUAAGCAAGUGGUGGUGGUUCAAUUGCAUCACCAACAACAACAAACAGCUAUUCACAUAAUAAUGAUUUUUCCCCUCUAAAUGUCAAUGUUCCGUUGCUAUAAUCCAGCAUUUGUUCUCAGUUUUGUCUGGUCAGUGGGAUGCUUUUCUUCACGAUACUCUUAUAACUGGGCUUAGAAGAUUUCAUAGCAGAAGCACAAGAUCUGAUCUGCUGGUUUAAUCUCAGCUUCCAUUUCCGUUUGUAUGGUGUUCAUCUAUCUUAUGCAAUUGUUGAAGUUUGAAAUUGCAACUGCAGCUGCUGCACUUUAAAUUCUCCAGUUAUCAGUAGUUAAUAGUAGUAGGAAUUGAUAAUAAGGGAUGGAGUUGUGCCGUCGGCACAAAUGCACUUGGAAGUUGUGAUUUGAUGAAGAUUAUCUACCAAAACAAUUCAUGAAUUGAAGAAGUUCUGCAGAUUCCAGUUUUUUUUUUAUUUUUUUUAUUUUGAAUUCUUGGAAACAUCCCAAUUAUGAUCUGAUAUGAUGGUGAGAGCACUUGUUUUCAAUGAAUUUAAGUGUUUAUAUUUGAUUUGGUUUAUGGGAGUCUGAUUCCAGUUUACCACCCGGAAUCAGGCGAUCCUAUAUUGAAGCCGGCAUAGGUGACCUUGACAUCUAAGCUUAGUAGUGCUCAAGCCCAAUGAGCAUCUGCUUCUACAGAUAUCCAUAAAUAAUCCAGAUGUGCUUUGUAAUGUAUCUAAUUCAUUCGAGUUCAAGGAUUGUUUAUUUUUUUGCCACGGCUCUUGCUCGGUUAAGCCCUUGCUUGUAAAGGAUUGCUGCGAGGAUCCCAAGCCAAAGUGACCGGUUUUGGCUAUGUUUCUAAAUCCGGUACAAAGUCAGAUUACCGUUUAUUUUAGGAAAUAGAAAUCAGAUCCUGUUAGGAAACAAAUUUCCAGUUUCCUUAUUCACGAUGUAGUAGUAGAGGAACACCUCUAUAAAUAUCAGAAUAUCUAAGAGUGAUGCAAACUUGAACAAGCUCUGUGUGAAAUACAGACACGGGAGGAGAGUAGAGAUAAGAGAAAUAUCGGUAGAGGGCAUUGUUUUGACGAUUAAAAAGCAGUGAUGGAAGGUUAUGAGAACUUGGAUGAGUAUGAGGACGACGGAUUUAUCGUAGAUGAGGAAGAACAGGUGCCUGGAGACGGAUUUAUCGACGAUGACGAAGAACAGGUGUCUGAAGAAGAUGAAGUAGAGGAAGAGAAAGUGCAGGAAGAGGUAAAGAAGCCUACGAAAGACGAGAUGGAUUACCUCAAAGUUAGGCAGGAGUUAAAAGAAGCAAUGAGGAGGAAGAUGAAGAAGGGAAACGAUUCUGUCACCGGAAAUUCCCAAGAGAGGGAGAAGCGUAAUUAUGGUUCCUUUUUCGGUCCUUCUCAGCCUGCUAUUGCGCGAAGAGUCAUCGAAGAAAGCAAGUCAUUGCUGGAAAAUAUGCAUUUGGCAGCUAAAGUUUCAAAACCCCAUCAUAGUUUGCAGAGUCAGAAGAAUCCUGCUGUCGCAAAAGCUACCCCAAAACCUGGCGCAGGUGAGCAGCCUGUCACAGUUGUUAGCAUGGAAAAACAGAAAGCGCGCAUUUUAAAGGAAGCGAGAGAUUAUAAGUUUCUUUUCUCUGAAGAUGCUGAACUGCCAGCUCCUGCAAAAGUGCUUCCACCUAAGACUAGUUCUGUACCAAAUUCUGAUGCUCGAUCAGCUCAAGUGACGCCCAAAAUCCCAAAGUCAGUUAGCAAUACUAGCAGGCCAGUUCUGAAUGGUCGUGAACAAAGACCACCUGUAGCUGGGGGUAACCGAAUGCAGAGUAAACAAGGGCAGCGCAAACCGAUUCCUGAUGGUAGACUUGAUUCUACCUCAGUGAAGCAUAGAGAACAGCUAGGCAGCAGUACUGGAAAUGGGUCAAGCCGGCCUCAGGAAGCAAAAGGCUUGCCUACCAAAACCAGCGUGAAACCCUCGACUCUGACUAAGAAGACAUCGGUUCCAGAUACUCACACCAAGGACAGAAAUGCUUCUUUAGCUGUUGAGAAAAGGCCUCCAUCUGAUGUGCGGAAAACAAUGUUACCUAGGCCACAUCCUUCAAUGUCAGGUCAGCAAAAACCAUUGCUCAAGUCGCAGCCAUCUAGCUCCAAUAUGCAGAGAGCGCCAUCCAAGUCGCAUCCACAUGAACAGGGAAAGGAUGUUCAAGAACCUGACAGAUCUAGACUGAUGCCCAAACAGCCAGUAUCUUGUCCAACAGCUCCUAAGGUGAAAACUCCCAAGAAACUUCCAUCUCGUCCUCCUGCACCAAAGAACCGUCAAAGGAAGAGGUCUAUGAGUCCAGAGCCGUUCGAUUACCGACAAGAGAUCAGAAAUUUGACAGGUUACGACCCUAGCAAAUACGGUAACGAUAGAGAUGACCGUAGCAUGGAGGCUAGUUUUAAGGAGAUAGAGCGGGAGGAAAAGCGUAGUGCAAGAAUUGCAAACAAGGAGGAUGAAAGAGAACGUCUCCUCCAAGAAGAAGAAGAAAAGAAAAAAGAAGCCGAAGCCAGGAUGAGGAAGAAGCGUAAACUAAGCAGUCAGCAGUGAUGAUAAAAAACCGAAAGGCAACCAACCUUCUUUCUCACACUCAAAUUUUUGUAACUUAAAAUCCUCAAUUAGUAUUUUUGUUUUUCAUGUAUAAUCUCUUGUUUGUGCAGUCAGUUUCUAGCAUUAAUAAAA